GACAGACUUCGACGCCGUGUAUAUUUAUUUAUUUUCAUAAAAAUAGUGAAAAGUAGACUAAAGUCGAUAUUAAUGCCAGAGUUAACGAAUAGAAAAUGUGUUAUCCUCUCAUAAUAAAUAGCUGAAACUUAAUAACAGUCGAGCGGGUGCCGUAAAUACAAUAAAUAAUGUUUGUUUAGGUUAUACUAAGUUAAGAAGUCGAUAAAGUAAUUAAUAUAACAAAAUGAAACUGUACUGCCUAAGCAACGAUGCGGCCAAACCGUGUUUUGUCCUGUCAUUUAAAGAAUUGCUUAUAAUGUUGGACUGCGGGCUGUCGGCGCAUUCGGUCCUCAACUUCCUACCGCUGCCACCAGUACCGAGUACACGUCUGGCCUCUUUACCCAACUACACGCCGCCACAUCUCAAUGAUCCACUACUUGAAGGGGAAUUAAAAGAAUGCUGUGGACGUGUAUUUGUAGACAGUAUACCAGAAUUCUGUCCCCCAUUAGACAAAGUUGUGGACUUUUCCCAGCUGGAUGUAAUUCUCAUCUCAAACUACACAUGUAUGAUGGCACUGCCAUUCAUAACCGAGGACACAGGCUUCAAAGGCCAGGUAUAUGCCACCGAGCCCACCCUACAGAUAGGCCGCUUCUACCUGGAGGAGCUGGCCGAGUGGGUGUCGGGCGGAGCUGGCGGCGCGGGCGGGGCGGGCGCGGCGCGGCGCUGGAAGGAGUUGCUGCACGUGCUGCCCGCCCCGCUGGCACUGGCGGCGCGCCCGCGCUCGUGGCGCCGUCUGUUCUCGGCCGCCGCACUGUCGCGGGCGUUGGCGCGCGUGCGCGUAGUGGGCUACGACGAGCGCGUGGACGUGUACGGUGCCUUAGACGCCACGGCCGUAAGCUCUGGCUUCUGCCUGGGCUCAGCUAACUGGGUGCUGCGUUCAGCCCACGAAAAGGUGGCAUACGUGAGCGGGUCAUCGACGCUGACGACACACCCGCGGCCCAUCAACCAGGCGGCGCUGCGCGGGGCGGACGUGUUAAUUCUGGCGGCGCUGACGCAAACCCCUGCGCACAACCCGGACCACAUGCUGGGCGACCUGUGCGUGCACGCCACGGUGACGCUGCGGGCGGGGGGCUCCGUGCUGUGCCCCGUGUACCCGUCGGGCGUGCUGUACGACCUGCUGGAGUGCUUGUCGGCGCACCUGGACACGGCGGGGCUGGCGGGGGUGCCGCUGUAUGUCGUAUCCCCAGUGGCCGAUUCCUCGUUAGCUUACAGCAACAUCCUCGCCGAGUGGGUCUCUGUUGGCAAACAGGCCCGCGUGUACCUGCCGGAGGAGCCGUUCCCGCACGCGGCGCUGGUGCGCGCCGGCCGCCUCAAGCACGCGCGCUCGCUGCACGACGACGCCUUCAGCGCAGACUUCCGCCAGCCGUGUGUCGUGUUCUGCGGUCACCCCAGUCUCCGUUUUGGCGCCGCCGUGCACCUCGUGGAGUUGUGGGCUUCCAACCCUGCGCACGCCAUUAUAUUUACAGAGCCUGAUUUUCCAUACCUGGAUGCGUUGGCGCCGUUUCAACCGCUUGCUAUGAAAGCAUUCCACUGUCCCAUCGACACCUCACUGAACUACUCGCAGGCCAACAAACUGGUCCGAGAACUGCGGCCGCGCGAGCUUGCCCUGCCAGAGCAGUACGCGGCAGCCCCGGGGGGCGCCGCCCCCCGCCCACAUAUAGCGGCCGACGUGCCCACCGUGCUGCUGCGGCGCGGCGCCGCGCGGUCUCUGGGCGCACGCCGCACCAUGGCGCGCGCCACGCUCAGCGGCGCCCUGGCUGCGCGCGUGUCGCCGCGCGACGUCCGCGCCGGCCUGCGCGCGGCGCCGCUACAGGCCGCGCUGCGCGUGCGCGACCGGCGCGUGUCGCUGGACGUGGCCCCGCCGGCGGCGCCGGGCACGCCGCGCGCGUCGGCCCCGCGCCUGGACUGCGCGGCGCCCGACGUGGACGCGCUGGUGCGCGCGCUGGGCCGCGAGGGCGUGGCGGACGCGCGCGUGGAGCGCAGCGCGGACGGCUGCAUCGUGCACCUGCCGCGCCACGACACGCUGGUGCACGUGGAGCGCCACGCCACGCACGUGUUCUGCCAGGGGGACGCCGCCGUGCGCCAGGCGCUGCGCCGCGCCAUCGCCGCCUGUCUGCCGCACGUCUGA